AAACAGCUGGCAUUCGCUCUACACAUAUUCACACAUGCAGAGUAGUUGCCUGUUUUUGCAGCAGCAGGAUUCUCUUACUACAAAUACAACAAACCUCGCCACUCUUGGAAAUGAAGGCUUAUUUGUCUGGAUUUUGAAUGAAUGUGACAGAUGUUUGCAGGCUCUACAGAUGAUGAAUGAACAGGCUCUCGUCCAUGUCUCGGCGCCAUCAUCAUGCCAGGGUCCGGGUCAUCAGACGGCUCUUCACAGAGCUGCCAUGGUGGGGAAAAGUGAUGCAAUGGCUGCUCUGAUUCAGGGAGGCUGUGCUGUCGACCUGCAGGACAGAGAUGGCAACACUGCGCUCCAUGAAGUGUCCUGGCAUGGGUUCUAUCAGUGUGUCAAACUGCUCCUCAAAGCAGGGGCCCGCGUGCACCUCAGUAACAAGGCAGGAAACACAGCUCUUCACUUGGCUUGUCAGAAUGCACAUGCUCAGACUGCUCGGCUUCUGCUGCUUGGAGGAUCCACACCCGACACCAAGAAUAAAGUGGGUGAUACCUGUUUGCAUGUAGCUGCUCGCUAUGACAACCUGAGCCUGGUGAAAAUCCUGCUGAGCUCUCUGUGCUCUGUGACCGACCAAAACCAGGAAGGGGACACUGCUCUCCACGUGGCUGCUGCUCUGAACCAUAAGAAGACAGUUCAACUGUUAUUGGAGGCAGGAACAGAUGGGAAAAUCAGAAACAAUGCAGGGAAAACAGCACUGGACAAGGCCAGAGACAACAACCAUAAAGAUCUGGCUAUUCUCCUGGCCUCUGCACCUGAGGUGCAUCGUUUCAUGCGAGGAAGAACAAUAAGGAAACCAAGAGAGAGACUGAUAGCUGAGCGCAAGACCCAGUCUGUCACCAGAGAGGACAGUAUUUCUGUUGUGGAUUGUCCCAGCAGUGAGCAGAUGGAGAGCAGGACUGCAGUCAUGAUGGACCCUCAGAGACCACAGCAGCAGCAGCUUUACAACAAGACUCCAGUCGCCACCUGCAGCCGCUACAGACAUCACAAAGCAAGGGUCAGGAAGCAAGUGGGUCGUCCAGAAACCAGGACCAGCAUGAUCAACUCUGCUUUGGAUGAAGACAAUCUGAGAAAAUGCAAGACUACAGGCGUCCAUAUGAGGAAGAACGGAGUCCGUGGUGAAGGCUUCACUCAGCUUUACACACUGUACUGUGAUGAGCAUGGCAAUGCAUCGACCAAUGGAUGCCACUGUAAGACCUCACUGAAGCACCUGGAGGGUCAAGUUAAUGCCACACAGGAGGAGAUGAGGCUGCACAUUAUGUCUGUCCAGGAGCAGGUCAACAGCAGAAUGGACAAGAUGGACCAGAGGACCAGACAACAGAUUAAAGUUUUAAGUGUCCUAAAUCAGGAAAGAGCAGCAGCAGAGAGGAAGAACCUGAUUUACUGGAUUGAGCGGAGGGCUGCUCAGGACAGAGAGGAGGCUCUGAAAACUCAGCAGGCAACAGCGAGUCAUGACGUGAAGAGUUGGUGGAUGUCUCACCAAAAGGAUUUGGAUGUCCACGUCCCAACCGACAGCAAGUAUUACAAACUCCUGCCCUCACCAUCUGUGGAGCAGUCUGACGCUGACCUGGAGGCUGAUGUGGAGUCGCUCCCCUUGCUCUCUGUAAAAUCGGGAGACAGCAGCACUUCGCUGGCAAACUACGUCAACAUCCUGCCAUCCACCUACAGCCUGGAGAGCAUUAAGCAGGGGCAAGUGGGGAGGAGGACAUACUUUGAGAUGAGAGUCGAACGAUCACCAGAUGACUAUGAGAACACAGCCCUGUUUCCUCUGCCAGACAGCCAGCUGGACUCUACUGACCCCUCCUGGCAAUGUCCAGGAGUGCAGGGCAGUCCCGGCGCAGCAGUGGUGCCUCUCUGUGGGGACAGCAUCUCAAGUAGCAGCAGUCAGUCCAGCAUCAGUGAGCAGGGACCUACGUUGAUCCCACAGCAGGAGCACAGAUAUGAAUGGCAACAGAGGAACCAUUUCAGAGUGCUGAUGAAUUCCCAGAGGAACGACAGCAGCACAACAGUGGCGCGCUUCACUGACUGCACUCAGCCCUCAUUCCAGCAGGAGAAGAACAGACUGCACGCCAUGGAAGUGACGCAUCACUUCUUUGACACAGUGUCCACUCACUUAGAGCAUUGGUACGAAAGGAAGCUUGUGGACAUGGAGCAGCAAAUGGAGGUGAAAGCCCAGCAGGACAGGAAGCAGCUGCUCCAGCGAAUCAGCACGCUGGAGGAGGAGCUUCAGAGGCUGAGGACCAGUGACGCUGCAGAAAUGUGACGUUGACGCGUAUGCAAAGAUGAUGAUGUCUUUCCUGAGAGAAGAGAAACAAAUAAACAAAUAAACAAAUCUUUGUAUGUAUGUACAAUACUCGCAUACUUGGGAAGUAUGACUGGAGUACAUACUCACCAAGUACACAAGUAUGAUCAAUGCAAUUGGAACAGUAGCUACUUCCUUGUUUUUGUCAAGCGUUUAAACCUCAAUACCACCACCAACAGUCUUGAUGAACAUGUAAAAUACUUUUAAUAAACGCAUAUAUAGUUAUUGUUAUUAUUUUCACAUUUUAAUUACUUAAUUUGCCAAACGUUUACCGAGCGUCCACAGAGGACCACACAUAUCUUGUAUCUUGUGCUCAUAUAAUGACUCAUUCGUCGCCUCAAAUGAUCUUAGAACUCAGAAAAAACAAUUAUUUCAGGUUUA